GAGCAGAGGUGUGGCAUGUUUUGGGAUGUGGCUCAAGUUUAAAGUCCGCUUUUCAGAAGCAGCAGUCAGGGCCGGGAGCUUGGGGAGGGAGGCUUGGAGAAGCGAGCCAUCAGUCAGAUCCUCCUGCUGGAAGGUUGGCGCUGAGGGUGGAACCGACCCCAGAGCGUCCGAGAGGACGCCUUUGGGGUGAAGGCAGCGGGGCUGCGGGUCCGGCAAGGCCAGGGGGUGUCCCCACCCGAGCUGUUCUUCAGUUUAGCCACCUACUCCAGGAAAGCCCGACGGGAUUCGCCUGGGGUCUGGCUGGCUGCAGGCUGUUAGGGCUCUUUAGGACCUCAGGGAAACCCGAGAGUUUCUGGCGUUAGGACCCAGGAACUCCGAGGCAGCAGUGAUUAGAAGCUUUGGACCACAGCACCACCUACUUAUAGAAGCAUCCCGAGCCUCAGCCCUACUGCGUCUCCAUCGGAAAGUGCGCUCGCCACCUCCCUCCGGCCUUGCGGGAGUGUUCCGUCUCCCGCAGCUUGGAAACCGAGAAAUCCUAGCUGUGAAGUGGCCGUGGCGAUCCCCGGGGAAACUGCACAGUUAGAUAGGGACCUAGAGAGCGAGAGCGGGCGUGCCCCUCGAGGGAGGAUCGCACUCACGGGCGGGGACGCAGCAUCCCGGAGGCUGCGGACGCGCCCGCCCCGCCGCGCUCCUGGGGCGCUCCGCCAGCCCCGAGGACCCUCGCGUACCCAGAACCCGCGGCGGCAGCCGGAAUCCCGGAGUGCCAGGAGCUCCCGGCGGGUGUCGGCAAACUUUUCCCCAGCCCACGUGCUAGAGGGGCGGCUGGCUUCCCGAGCCCGGGAUGGAGCGCCGCGCCUAGGCACGCCGCACCGCCCACGACGUGUUCAAGGCGGAGAGAUGCCGAUCGCGCCGAACUGACCAGAGCGGCCCCCGGCCCGCGGCGGCUCUCCCUCCGCGUCUUCCGCAGCAGCGCGCUCGGCGCCGGCUCCUCGGAUGAGCCCUCCAGUUCCCCGACUUUGAGAGGCGCCUCUCCCCCGCCCGACCGCCCAGAUGCAGUUUCGCCUCUUCUCCUUUGCCCUCAUCAUCCUGAACUGUAUGGAUUACAGCCACUGCCAAGGAAACCGAUGGAGACGCAGUAAGCGAGCUAGUUAUGUAUCAAAUCCCAUUUGCAAGGGUUGCUUGUCUUGUUCAAAGGACAACGGGUGCAGCCGAUGUCAACAAAAGCUGUUCUUCUUUCUUCGAAGAGAAGGCAUGCGCCAGUAUGGAGAGUGCCUGCACUCCUGCCCAUCAGGGUACUAUGGACACAGAGCCCCGGAUAUGAACAGAUGUGCAAGAUGCAGAAUAGAAAACUGUGAUUCUUGCUUUAGCAAAGACUUUUGUACGAAGUGCAAAGUAGGCUUUUAUUUGCAUAGAGGCCGUUGCUUUGAUGAAUGUCCAGAUGGUUUUGCACCAUUGGAUGAAACCAUGGAAUGUGUGGAAGGAUGUGAAGUUGGCCAUUGGAGUGAAUGGGGAACUUGUAGCAGAAAUAACCGCACGUGUGGAUUUAAAUGGGGUCUGGAAACCAGAACACGGCAAAUUGUUAAAAAGCCAGCAAAAGACACAAUACCUUGUCCCACCAUCGCUGAGUCCAGGAGAUGUAAGAUGGCCGUGAGGCGCUGUCCAGGGGGGAAGAGAGCACCAAAGGCAAAGGAGAGGAAGAACAGGAAGAAGAAAAGGAAGCUGAUAGAAAGAGCCCAGGAGCAGCACAGCGUUGUCCUCGCGACAGACAGGGCAAACCAGUAAAACAAAAGACACGAAGGGUGGAUUUGGGGGGAGGGGGUUGUUUUUGCAAAAGUGCACAAAGCUACUCUCCAUUCCUGGACGUUGGUGUGUGGUAUUUGUGCUGCUCUGACCAGUAUCUGUUCCCAGUAGCAUUGUGAAAGGAGGCGCCACAAGCGUGGUCUCUGUUAUUUAUGCUUUGAUUUGCAUCUAGAGACUGUGAAGGCAGGAGUCUGUGACCUAAAUCAGCGGAGGCAGGAGUAAGUGUACAGCAUGUGACUUGGCUCAGCGUGUGGGGCCACAGACCACCGCUGGAGAACGGACUUGUGCCUAUUUAUGGGAAAUAAGAUGCUCAACAGGCAAAGUGCUAUUUCAUUUGUGAUCUUUCUUUCUCACAUUGUACAUUUUCAAGGGUAAAUGUAUGUGGAUAUCUGCUUAGUGUCACCACAUGUUGUUCUCAGCAUCUGUUACCUUCAAACUGUUGUGCAAUGAAACUGCUUUUAGCUGGGGGCCAUGCUCCAGGAAUUCCUGCUCAGUUUCACAGCAGCUCCAAACAUGUACAUAUUCUGCUGGGGCUACGUAUAAACCUCUUAUUUACUGUAUAUUUAUGUGUAUGUGUAACAAGUUGUACCUAACACUCUGUCACUUUGUUUCUAGUGGUUCCUAACCAUUGUCUGGUAAACAACUGUUGUAGUUUUGCGAACUGACAAAUGUUUUUUUGCCCCUUGAAACUUAACUUUUCUCUUCUUUGUGGACUUAUUUCUCAUUGUAAGGAUAGGAUAAGCUAGCUUGUACAUAGGGUCAAAUGACCAGUGUCAAAGAAUUUUAUCAUCAGUAGACCCUCCACACUGGCUGUCUCCUCACACAGACAGAGCAGCCUGUGGUAUCUGGCAGGCAGAAGCCAAAACUCCCUUUGGGUCAAAGAUGUGAGGACUUUAUGAAAUACAAUUGAAAACAUAAGGAAUUAUGUCACUUGCAGUACUCAUCAUGCAAAUUCAAGGCCAGCUAAAGAAUUUGCAAGUAGUCCGUGACUUACAAGGCCAGGGUAUCUACCACUAUUCUUGGGUCGCUGUAGAAGUCACCAUCAUGAGACCAUGCAUUGACUUUGAAGACAAACAGGAUGAGGUCCUAUAAUUGCUGGCCAGAUCUUAAUGGUCUCCUUUGAAAAAGAGCCCAUUUUCAUAUCUAAAAGACUGAAAGAAGAACACUAUGGGGACUUUCAGAGCGGUGGUUACAGAAACAUUACUGUCCUCUUGGAGAUCAUUUCUUGGAUAAUUUUAAAUUGGCUUCUAAAAGCAUCACUAUCUUCCUGGCUUAUCCAGAAAGAAUUAGAACAAAAAGAAAUGGUUGUAGAUUUUUGAGGAAACAAAGCAAGGUAAAGCCUUUUUCUCACCUUGCAUUGGCAAAACUACCUCUUCAGCAUUUUUGUUUCAAUCAAAAGUGUCUUACCAAUAAGUAUAAAUAUCAUAUACAUCACUAUAAAAAUAUUACUGCUAUGAGAUAAUAAGCCAUAUAUGAAUGCUGUAUACAACUUUAGGAUUUUACACUUAAUCCUAAAGUGUCCACCGUUCACCUCCUUUCACAUCUAUUUAUACUAUGUUCCUAUUUGCUAAGCUGGGAGGGGUACCUUUAUAUAGAGCUUCACCAUUAAUAAGUCAAUACCUGUUCUGUUUCUGGGAUGUUCUUUUCAGCAUUAAAAAACUUCAAAAUUAUUAUUUUGUGGAAGUUUUCUUUCGAGAUGCAUUUAGGGAAAAAGGCAAUACUGUAACACCUCUAUCCUCAAAUAAUGGUCUUUAAAGCAGACAGAGGUUCUUCAAACUUAUGUUGGAAACUACAUCUAAGACACUAGUUCAGCUAUAAAUGACACCACAGUACACUGGUUAAGAGUGUGGAUUAUGACAGCCAGACUGCCAGAGUUCCAGUCUAGACUUAAGAGUAGCCUGGGACAAAUUACUAAUCCUUCCAGGUCUGUUUCCUCAUCUGAGAAAUGGAGGUAACAAUAUUAUUUACUUCUACGGUUGUGUUCUAAGGAUUAAAUUAGGUAAAUUACGGUCACAGCAUACUCUACACUAAGUACUAUGCAAGUUUUUACCUGUUAUUACCUCUGUCCUUGGCUAAUUAAAUUGUUUCAAAAAUAUUCAUUUCUCUUUAACAAAAUAGAAUAUAUGUAUAAAAGCAUCAGUUCCCAUUAUUCUAUUGCCUGAAGCCUGGUUAUUAUUUGCUCAAACUUUUAUGCUUAUGGGAAGUGAUUUACAGCUACUUGACUUCUAAGCCUCCUAACUAUAAGCAAAUACAUAACACACAC